AUGCCGUGUUUUUUUCCUUGCCGACCUAAAACUUUCUCCCUCAUCACAUCUGUUCAGCCCGUCCGGUUUGGAACACUGUAUGUUAAAAUUUUGCAUACACCAAUUGCGGUUUUUGGGCGAUAUCAUCGUUAAUAACUUCUCAUACAUUUUCAUUUUCGUAGAUAAUAAACAAUCAAGUUACCCCGAAGAAGUUAUAUCGCCGUUUUUUUUUUAAAAUUAUUCUCGUUCAGGCACUGCCACAGCACUUCUCAAUUUAUAAUAUUACAAUUAAUAAUCUAAAACGAUUCAAAAACAUUUUUUUCACAUUUUUCGGUAGAGGAGACUGUCAAUUUUCAUAAUCCGUUUAGUUUCCGAAAAGAGGUGCACUAAGAAAAAAUUAAUGGCCAAAAUACUAGCGCGCACGGCGCUCAACUGAAGGCGAAAUCUCACGAUUUACCCGCUGCCGCUGCAACAUCUUCUAAUUGCGCGAUUUUUGUUCGAAUAUUACAUAUGAAUUAUCGCAUUUGACAACAGAGACAGGAUUAUCUAGAGGGACUUUGAAGUUUACCGUGCAUUACGUAAAAAACUUAUCCUCUUUUUUCAGACUCACCAUCUGGCUGCGGCAUCUCGUUCUUGCCGACGCAUGUCUCCCGCCUGUUCCCAGCACCUCUGCAUAAUUUCACGAUUUUUCAAAUUUAUAAUCUUUCAUUUCAUAACAGGAUAAUACGCGUAUUAAAUAAAACCGUUUAAAACCAUUCGUACAAUAAACAUAAACACAUGUUCACAUACAAAUACAAAUAAAAAUAAACGAAUGUUCUCAAAAACAGUUUUUCUUAAUAAUGGGUUGUCCACGUGGCUCGGAACAUUGCAGCUUAGCUCGCUUUUCCCCCUGAAAUCACACUUAAUUGACUCAAAAUUUUGAAAAGCCCACUUUCGAGGUCUUUGCGCUAUAAAUUUACAUUGUGCUCGGUUUUACCUCUAAAUGUGCGAAAAAAAAACACCGAAACUUUCAGAGCCGCUUCCCAGAUAGGGUUUGCUCGGAGCAUAAUUCCUGCCGAGUCUUUCGUGACGGACGAAGACCGCCCGAUCCUUCCCACCUUGCGACAGCUUAUUGUGGACGCCGAACAGGGCGGAUUCAUAAUUUGGAAGCCCGCUUUACGUUCAUUCCUAACUGUAUCCAAAAUAUUUACACUGAUAAAGAAAGAUCAUUGAGCAAUGAGAAGCCAAAAUGAAACUUCAAUCUCAAUAACAAAUCAUAAAAUACGUUUCCUUAAACUUUGUGUUGAACUAACAAAGAAAAAAAAAAUAAAAGGAAAAAAAACGUUUGAAAAACCACGUGAUCGACGUUUCAAAGGUAGUCAGUUUUUAUAGAGUCCGGGCCGCGGAUCACCGCUCUCGCGAGAGGAUCUCGAGCAGGGUGAGGAUUUCGAUUAUUAGUUUCUAUAAGUAAUUUGAAUAGUUAUUUGCCUUGCAUUCGGAGGAUCAUCAUUAAAUACGUAAACUUUAGGAAAGAUUUUUAUGUAAAAAAAUAAUUCAUUGUCUUUUUGUUCAAAAAAAACAGGCCUUUGAUGUCAGCUCUCUCAGACAUUGUUAUCGCGAAACGGACGUUUCGAGGGCAUUUCUAGUGACCACUUUAGAAGCGUUAGCAUUCUCAAGUUAUCCCUAGAAAUGCUCAGACACUCCCGGUUUUUGUUACCGAGGCUCAAACUAAAGUUUUCCAAAAUUCAACUAGGGACAGUUUCAUAUUGAAAAAAUUCGUUGAAACAAACUCAUUUCAAAUAAAACAAACGGCUUUCCGUUUCUGAGCGAGUCGAGAAAAUCUUAAAAGGUUGGUAGACGUGUUGGGGUUGAAUCGUGAGCUUUUCAGUUCUGACGACUCAUUUUCAGUCGCCUACGACGAUCUCAAAAGGUUGCGCGCUUCUGCCACUGCCGAAGAGAAGCGGCUUCCGGAGCUGUUGGAGACCGAACACGCAGAGAUGGCGAAUCUCCUGAACGCCGAAGGGCUCAACUACUACUACUGGUUCAACAGUUCGUUUUUCCUCUUUCUUGACACUCUCGACACUUUGCAGACUUAAGAAGAAAAAAACGAUAAAUUUCGGAUUCCGAGACUCGUAAAGAGACUAGUAAUAAACUUCAUCAUGUUUCAGAGUACAUUCAUCUUAGACCAGCGGUUCUGCUAGGAGAGGCCCUCGGCGACGCUAUUAGGAGGAUUUUCAGUAAGUUUAUUCAUUUCGUUUUGUGAUACCACUCCCACUUUUUUUGGGCGCAAACUCGAGGAGUUUUAAAUUUGCUCUAACGAGAUAUUUUUCAGAUAAAGAUGAGUGUCACAAGGAAAUCAAAGCUCAAAUGGACUACAUUCAUAACUUGGCGAAUCCAAAGGGGAAGCUCCUGAAACGGAAAAAAAAAACUAGCCCCGACCGCUCCGAAAACGUCGGAAGAGAAAAACACGAAGGACAAGAAGUCGAAAGACAAAAACUCGAAGGACAAGAAGUCGAAGGAAAAAAAUUCGAAGGAAAAGAGUUCGAAAGAGAAGAAACCGAAGAAGGCUUAGAAGAUGGGAACAACAAUUGGAAUUUCUAUAUUAACCCAAACUCUUUUCAAAUAAAUAGAUUUUUUUACACACCUCGAAAUCUUGAUUUUUUUCGAUAAAAUUGAUGUUUGUGAGCAUAUGCAUACUUGUUUGUUCGGAAAAUGCGCCAAUGGAAAAUUCAAAUUUUAAAAAGUAUCUGAUCAGCCAAUAAUUGAAAAAAAAAUCUGAUAUAGAACAGAACUGGGUUUCCGUGAGAUAUGUUGGGAUCUAGUCACAAUCAAGAAGGAUCCUGAAGUUCCGACAUCCGAAAAACCAAUAAAUGGAAUCGGAUCUUCUGAUUCCAAUUUGCGAUUUUUGCUGAUUAAACCAGUUUGAUGCAGUGUUCAAAGUAAUUUCCGCGAAAUGCAAAAUACCCGUUAGAGAAAGGAAAAGAUAACUAAAUUUUGGAGAGUCAGAGAUCAUUUUGCAUUUCGCCGAAAUUACUUUGAACACGGCAGGAGUUUUCCUACAACAAACGAGUUGGAAGAUGAUCUUCACGUUAUGUUUUUGCUCAAAUUCAGCUUUUUUUCAGGAGAUGUUAUCGACUCAUUGUCUUGAAGUGAGAGAUCUCUAACAACUGAAGAGUUCCACGAGUUUAUGAUAGCCGAGUCUAAAAUUUUUUUGAACACAAAUCAUAUAGCCAAGCAUUAUAUCAAAAUGAAAUCAAAGUCUCUAGAAAAUGGAAACUCAAAUAUAACUUGAGCGUUGAUCCUCAAUUAAUUUGUAAAAACUCUUCAAAACCUCCAUAAUCGACUCCGUAUUUUUCGCUAUCUAAAUUUCUCAACAUUCUUUUUUUGUCAUUCGGAUUGUUCUACUUCUAAAAUAGAAUUUUUUUCAGCGUUUUUUUCGCCGGAAAAUCCGAUUUUAAAACUCGAUUUGACUUGUGAAAGCGAGUUUUUUUGCAAUUUACCAUUUUUUUGAAAUUAUAAGUUUUUCUGCUUUUUAUUCGCAAAAAAAUUGAGUUUCUCUAAACAAAACCCAGACAUAAAUUUUUAUAAACUGCUCUUUUCUCCAGAGAAAAUACCAAGGACUUCAAUGCUUGAAUUUGAACCCUCUGAAGGAAAAACCUGAUUAUCUUAUAUAAUUCGGGGAGCUUUUGAAAAAAAAAAAGUUAUAUUAGAAGACAUGAAAGUGUUAGCUCAAUUAGAACGAAGGAUCUAAAAGGCGGUCUUUUUUUGGCCUGAUUCUUUGAUUUUAGAAAGUACCGCUCGAACUAGAUUCUCUCAAAAAUGUAGAAAUAACUUUUUAACUGUUGAUUUUUUUUUUUGAGAAUUUAAAGUUUUACUUUACGUGUUAGAAAUAAUCCUACUUGACUUUUAUUUAAUUAAUUUCACGCGUGAAAUCAAUAAAAUCAACGUGGCAUACGCAUUUGAGUAAUUGGCAUUCCGUGUCACGGAUCUUCACCAAGCCAACCAUGGGUAACUUUAUGGAUUUUCCUUUUUUUUUUAUCACCAAAGACUUGGCGAGUUUCUAGUUUCUGAGCCAUGAGAUAUCGCAGGGCUCACACUAGUGAAUGUCAUAAACCACCCUUUAAAUUUGGGACUCUCUACUCGCUAGGUGGCCAGGUCCUCAACAGGUGUACCCGUAUUGAACCGUAUUAAAAGCACGGCUAGGCCAACCUCAUAAGCAUGCGAGUUCGUUCACUGAAAGGGCUAAGAAAAAAUUUGGACGUCAAAAAAUUGGUUUCGUAUACUCGCAUGCUGAGAAGGGUAACCCAGCCGUGCUAACGCGGCGUGUCAGAAAGUGUCCCCGUAUUAAACCCUUAAAAGCACAGCUGGUCGAACUUUUGGCAAUUUUUUAGCCCAGCUGGGCUACCUAUUUUUCUUACACCCGUUGUUCUCUCGUUUUAGCCCCACUGAGAAUGAAAUAACCUCGAAACCACGGGUUUAAAACGAGUACACCCCAGAGAAAUGCGAGGCCGGCGCGAGAAAAAUGCGAGAUGUUUGCGAACUCGUCAAUGUGCCGCCAGUGUCUCGCGUUUAUCUCGGCAGUUAUUCUAAGUGAAUUGUACCUCUUUUGCAAUAUUUCUUGAUAGGCUAAUUCACACAGUAUCAAAAACGAAAUAUGAGAUAGAUGCGAUGAAAGCUUUUUUUCGGCUUUUUAGUCGUGGUUUUAUCUGUUGUAUUGACAGUAAAUAAUUUUUAAUAUAUUCUAAUUUACUAUAAAUAUGUUCAAAAAGUUCAAAUUAGUUGAAAUUAUCCUUGUCAGUUCGAUACUUUGUUUUUUUCAAAGGGUCUUCCAAACCUCGUCUGAAAAGGCAGCUAGUCUUCGCCUUCGGUAUCCUGUUUUGCACGCUGUCCACGGUUACGAGUCAAGGUACACUUUUUUGGGUAAUGUCCAACAUAUGCGGGGGGCUAUACUGUAAUAUACUACCCGGUACCUGCUUGUAUAGACAUCCCGAAUAUGCAUCAACCUUGGAUGAUCGAACCUAGGAAAACGAAUAAUGCAAACAUUUAUCCCUUUUUGGUUUUCAUUAUUUUGUUUUUUUCGUUCCAUUUUCCUUUGUUGUUUUAUUGUGAGGUUAUAAUGUCCCGACCGGAAAUGAAAACUGCAUGAUUUUUUCAAUUCAUUCUUUUGAAAAAAAAAAGUAGUGUGCAUUCAUCGCAUACUUGUAGGCAAAAAUUUUUUUGCAGAGCGUCUUUUUACGUUUUUUUGUUCCCUCUAUAGGCAUUCCUCACAAACUUUUUGCACACAAAUUUUUGCUGAAGAAGCCCUUCAGAUCCAUGAAACACAGGAAAAUGCGAUUUCGCAAUGAAACAUCGAAAUUAAAUUAUUAGCUCUAAACCUUGAAAAUAUGAAACACAAUGUGAUUUUUAAGUCAAAUUCUCAAAGAAAACCUCGCCAUUGAAGCAUAAAAUCAAAAACAAUUCACUUUAUGAGUUAGAUUAAAAAAAUAAUUAAUUAUAUGUUUAUUUAAGGUCGAAACACGUCAUUUUUCCCAAAAAGAAAAAAACUGAUCAAAUGAAAAAAAUUUUUUUAAAAAAACCAGUGAAUAUUCUUAAUACACGAUUUCCAAGAUUCAAAUUUUUCUAAAAUUUGAAAAGCAUAAUUUAAAAAAACUAGAGUCCAUGUACUGUCUUAAAGGCGGUUUGUCGAAAAAUUGUUCGGGAUAUUAGAGAAAUCUUCAAAUUUUUUUUGGCGUGUAUUAAAAAUAGAUUUUCAGCUGGUUUUUUUCAGUGAAAUGUUGCAAAAGACCUAUUUCGGCAUAUCCAUCAGGGGAUGCUAUUCCACCCGAAUGCGAAAACUUGGAUUGCACCGAGGGAUCGAUUACAAUGGAAAAACCUUCUGGCAAAAAAGUUGUGUCCUUUUUGGGAAAAACUGAAAGAACUGGCGCUAUAAGCAUACUGGACAACAAGCUAAAAGCAAUCAUGAUUCCGGAUUUGAUAGAAAUCGUCCAUAACGGUCCAGGUAAGGUCUUUUCGAAGUUGGAAAAAUACGAAAAAGUUAAAAAAUUGUUCAGUUAUUCUUAAAAUAUUCAGUUACACGAAAUCAUCCAUCGUUUUAAUGAGUUUAAAGGAAAGGUCCCUUUUGAAGAUUUGAAAAAUUUCAAACUGUUACGCCGUGACGUCAUCAAUCAAAUCAAAAUGUUUUAUUUCCCACACACAAGUACUAAAUUUCACGAAAUAGAUGUAGGGAGAGUUUGGGAACAUAUGUGUCGGAACUUGUGGUGAUGGAGGGAAAAGGACUCGCGGUCGUGUUAACCCCCCACUUGAGUAAAUUGGAAUAACCUUGAAGUUAUUCUUUUAAAUGUCGAUUAUGUAGCUUUCAUAUUUUUUUGUUGGAUCAAGAGUGUUUAGUUCUGUAAUGUUGUUUUUCAAACCAUUUCUCAAGUUCAAAUCUGAACUUAUUUUUUUCAUACUCAAAUACUAUGUUUCUAUCCAUGUGAUUCCAAUGAUUGUAAACUCUUUGAUUGAUGAACCGGUAGUGUAUGUCAGAAAGUAGAGGCCGCUCUAUUUUGAGACCAUUUCCUCGCAGUUGAUUCGAUCUACUUGUUGUAUUUUGUAAAGGGAUUGGAGAUGGGCACCAAUAGUAUCCGUAGAUGAAACUAUGAGCAGCAGUUAUGUCUUUUUUUAAACGUCUUUGCCAAAGGGUGUUUAGUCCAAGACGUUGAAGUCUUUCUUUGUAAUUCAUUUUAGGGAAAAGUCUUUUAGUAAAUUUGCUUUGAACUGAUUCCAAUCUAUCGAUAUCUGUUCUUGUUAGAGGACAGAAAAGUUCUGACCCAUAUUCAAGAACAGGUAAAAUCUUCAACUUGUAGCAGUUCAUGAAGUUAGUGUGCGAGAAGGUAAAACAUCUAAAAAGAUUAUUCAUGAUUUUCGGAAUCAAAGGUUUACUUAUAUCCAGAUAAAUUACGUCAACUAUGGCUUUUUCAUAUACGUUUUGAAUCAAAUAUUUUUGCUUUUGAAGCAAUUGCGAAACGGUAUUUCUGUUGUUCAAAAAUCCGUAUUGUGCUUUGGAUAUUAUGUUUUUGUUCCAAAGAUGAUUUCUUAAACUUCUAACGAUAAUGGAUUCGAGUACUCUGCAUGGGACACAUGUUAAACUGACAGGUCUGUAGUUUUGAGGCUCACUAAGGCUUCCUUUCUUAUAUAUAGGGCGAACUAUUGAUUUUUCCCAUAAACUGGACAAGCAUGAGGUAUCCAAUGAUUUUUGGAAAAUCAUUGAUAAAGGUAGUGCCAAAGGGGCCGCUAGUUUUUGUAUGAUGAUAUUAGACAAUUUAUCCGGACCGGCAGAAUGUAAAGGUCUAAGCUUCUUCAAACAUUCGUAUACGAUAUACGGCUCAACAUUUAUUUCUUCCAUACUUCCAACCGAGCUCAUAUUAUUUAUUAAUGGUCUCUCAUCGUCUUUAGUAAAAACUGAGCAGAAGAAAUCAUUAAAAGCCUGAGCUUUCUCAUUAUCAUCGUUGGUGCAUCCAUUUUUAGUCUGCAUGAAAGGCGGAUCAACGAAUAUGGUGGUCUUAUUUCUAAUAUAAUUUCAGAACUUCUUGCUGUUUGGUCCUUUAUCGAUAGCUUUCUCUUCUUCUUUAAUUCUAAAAUCUUUGAUAACUUUCCGGUAUUUCCACCAAUUUGUUUUAUAAGUCGAUAAGUCUUCGGAUUUAUUCGAUUUUUUUAUAUUUUUAUGUAGGAAUUUUUCAGAGUAUCUCUUCAAUUUCAUUAUCUCGGAUGGAAGAUUAGACUUUUUUUGAUAGUUUUUCUUGGGUAUAAAUUGAUCAAUUAGUGGCAAAGUUAUAUUCAAAAAAGUGCUGUACAUUUUGUCAGCUGUGUCACAUGUACUAAAACGAUAAUUCCAAUCAAUCCAAGCCAAUCUUUGUCCUAAAGAUUCAAAAUUUGCCUCUGAAUAAUCAUUUACAGUAAAAUGCUUCUCAUGCUACCUUUUUCUGACCAACUCUGCAACACACCGAUGAUUUGGUAAAACAAAUUCACCCCUAAAAUAUCCUUGUCAUUUUUUGAAAUUUAGGAUGAAAAUUUUGCGUGCUUCGGGUAUAUAAAUUUUUGGUCACAAACGGAUUAUUAAACAGAAAAAAAGGCUGCUUCAUAAGUUUUAAUGAAUAUCUUUUUAAAUGCUAACUCUUGUCAGGUUGGACUUGUCAGGUUGGAUCUUACAGUUCUUUGUUCUUUUUAAAAUCCAAGUUAAGUAAAAACCAAUCUGCUAGUAGAAAAAUUUGUUCUUUCAGAAAAACAAAAAACUGGAGAGAUGCUAUCUUUCUUUUUGUAAUAAUAUGUUAUAUUCAUUCGAGUUGAAAUGGAAAUUUCACAAUUUAAAAGUUACUUUGCAGGUCCGGCUGUUCAUUUGAGGGAGCCCAAUUUGGAUGAUAAAUUUUCUUUCAAAAAAUUGCAAAAAAUAACAGUGGAUAAUCCUUAUAUAUUCUGCAAAAAUUGGGACCUGAUUCGUCUGGAAAAUAACGUGACGGAAGAAAUAAGGCUCCGGCUGGAGAAAGUGGCCAAUGAGGUAAGUUUAAAAAAUCGGAAAAUAACAGGUUUUCAAAAAGAAACAACGUAUGAAUGAAUUGACGCCUGGAAAGAGCAAGAAAGAUUAGAGACUACCUCUGACUAGGGAGUUACUCGGGCUCGGGUACGCGUAUCAAGUUGAAACUGAGGUGGCUUUAGAAUUGGGUAAGAGUUCUUAGAUACGAGAGAGAUAAUCUGCUGAACCACAUAAGCUUCUGAGGAAAAGCUUUUCGAAGAAAUCUAGGAAGAUUCUUGUACGCGCUUGGAUCUGAGGCUUGGCUUUCGGGUCAUUCUCACGUUUGAAUUUUUUUGAUAAGUUCGUUUUCUGUCGAGCGCGAGUCAUUUUUGAAUUUUUCUAAAAGACCAAAAAUUGAAAAAAAUCACGAAAUUUGAAAGUUUUUUUGUCUUUCUUUUUUUCAUUUUGGGAGGUUCAAAAAGAAAAAAAUUUGUCGGAAAAAAACAAUUUGAGAGGUACCGCAACUGUGCUGAAAAAUCACUUUUUUUCAAAUCUUUUUCACUUUUUUUAAAGCUAAAAUAAUCAAAAGAAGAACGUUUCCAUUAAUUUUUAUGGCUUUUUUUGAAAAAAAGCUUUUUUUCUUUAUGAAAAAAAUGCAAAAAAUAUUUGCCUUCGACAGGAAUGAAACCUAUUAAAAAUUAUCAUGAAAAGAAUCCUCAAGCCACUGCGCCAGAGCUCCUAGAUGUGAGAGGAAGGGCAGGUAUGGCUGAUUCACGACUGGCUUGAGCCACCGAAAAAAGGGUCCUGACACGAUAAUGCGCGAGAUUUCGUGCAUUAUCAGUGCCUGGCUCGUGGAGAGCGCAGACAGGACACGCCCCCUUAGCGUCCCACGCUGGCCGUGAAUCAGCUAUACGUGCAGGACUCUUCCUGGAUUUCUUAGAGGAGCUUUUUCUUAGAAACCUAUGGUUCUAGCAGACCUCUCUCGUUUCCAAACGCUUCUACCCAGAUCUAUUAGACACAGAAGUUCCAAUUCGGUACUUGCUCCCUCUUGAGAACUACUGACUCUACCUCGUAAACAAAUUUUAGAAAUCAAUAUUGAGAAAAGAAACGAACUGAGCAAUGAAAUUUCCACCUUGCUUCCUUUUUUUUAUCUUUACCAUUGUCUUUUCCAAACCUCCUAAUUGAUAUCCAUCACGAUAAUCUCCGGAUUCGACCUCAUUGCUUCUUAGUCAGUUAAAAGUUUUCCGUUUGUCACAUGUCAUUUCUAGUCGAACGCUUUUUUAAACGACCUCUUGGAAUUCGCCCAAAUUCUGUUUGUUAAACUUGCUAUCACACACCAAAGAACAAGGAACAAUUUCCAAUAUCUCGGAGUCUGUACUAUUCAGACUCUCGCCGUUUGUAAUACUGUUACGACGCCAGCGCCAACGGCAGCACCACUAAACACCACGACGACGUUGACGAUCAGCAGCCUUUCCACGACUUCGAACGACACCGCGGGUGUCCCGCAACAAUGUGCUCAGAGCGUGGCUUCCGCCGCCGCCGCUGCCUCAGCCUCAGCCAAAGAAAAGGAAUGUCCUAGCAAAAGUAAUUUCAAUGGUUUUCGUGUUUUCAACAGUGAACCGAAUUCCAGACGGACUGCUGAUCGGAGCGGUAAUAGUCAUUGUUGUGCUUCUGGUCCUCCUGGGCAUUUUGGUGUACAUGUACAUCAGGCUCUACUUCUUCAGGAAGGACGAGGACGCCGCUUUUGCCGCAUAUGGUAUAGUCUGUGUAUCACGCCUUGGAAUUUCACCGAACGGCAUUCCGCUAUUUCGCUGCGUUCUCGGCAGCGCCUACAAUUUUUAUUUUAUUUAAAAACUUGACCAACACGUGUUCCCAGUGGAACAGUCCAUCUAUUAGAAAUGAGAACCGAUUCAAAGCGAGACCGAGGCUCGCAAAGACGCAUCGCGACGCAGCGGAAGAGCGAAAUGUCGUUUGGUGAAAUCCCAAGUCUUGGCACACACACUACAACUAUGUCAUGUUGUUUUAUUAACCGAACGCCUGAAAAAAAAAUCAAACAAGUUUUAGCAUAAGAUCGGGAAUUAUUUUCAACAAUAUUAGCCGGAAUAUCCAUUGUUGUAUAGUCAAUGUUUCCCGACUUGAAAGGUGAGGGACACGGGGCAGGGGGAGCGACGCGUAGCGUGUGCGUUCGCGGUCCUUGGCACGUGUUCAAUUCAACCGCCAUCUACUCUUUGAAAGGCCCGUUUUUCGCUUUUUUCAUUCCUUUUUCAUUUAUUUAUUGAUUAUGUUCGUGUGUGCAUCAAAAAAAUAGUAGAAAACAUCGAAAAAGAGCGGUGGCCGAGCUUUUUAAAUAGUCGACGACAAAUGAAUUUAACUCGUGCCACGAACCGCGAACGCUCACGCUACGCGUCCCGCCCCUUGCCCCGCCUUCUUCGCCUUUCAAGUCGGGAAACAUUGACUAUAGUAUUAAAGAAUCUUGAAAGUCCUAUUUGCAAAUUUUCAAAUUUUUCGUGGAAUGAGUGCUCGAACUUUGACAGAAACAAGAUAAGCUAAUCCAUAGUAUCCUUUCAGUAUCCUAUGUCGCGCAACUUAUGAAUUCCAUGAUCUUCUUCCAAUCCGGCAGAGACCAUGCAAUGCGUUAGUUUCCUUAUUCGCUAUUUUGAUCACAGUUCUUUUUUAGUUCAUGGCACUAUGAUGGAUGGUCUCUAUAAGAAGCACUCCCCACUAGGUAAGUCUGAUUUAACCUUGAAAAAAGUUCCAUAUUUCACCAAAAAAAAAAUCAUCAUUUUAGUUUGCAGUUCGAUUUUUCGGGGAAAAAGAUCAUUAUUUUAUGUAGCAAACAAAUAUUCUAACAGUCUCCACUUUCGUACUUUUUGCGUCUUUCUUUAGAAAACUGAAUAAGGGCCACACCACCCUUUAUAGUUUGUUCAUAUUUUUAAUGUCAAGUACAAUGACGUCAUUCGAAAAUACUCUGUGUAUGGCUAGCUCUCUGAUUGGCUUAUCGGGCCGUUAGGGGCGGAGCUUUUGACGCGACUUGACAUUCGAAAUCUGAACAUACUAUACAACAAUAAAAAACUUCUCCAAAUUUUUGCAAUCGGCCUGAUAAACGGUAAAGUGUUAUAUGGUGUGUGAUAGGAUCAUUCCUGGCCUGUUCAAAAUGUUUUCAAGGUCAAGUUCAACCUUCAGCCGAACGAUCUAAAAAAUCACUUGAUUACUUGUAGCGCCGGUGUACGCUAUUUAAAUUUGGUCGCUGUUUUUUUUUGGCGUUAGUUCCACUUAUAAUAAUAGGUUUAUUCACUGCAUACUGUUAGAAAAAUAAUAAAUAAAAUAGUUCAGAAUACGAAAGCAGCAGAAUAACCAAAACGGGAAUUAGUCCACCCUAACGAGUAGACUAUGACCCGGGGAUAGAAAGGAAGUCAGAGCAAACGGGAAGGAAUGGAUUCGAAAAAAAGGCAGAGUUAGGGAGAUCAUUAAGUUUAACCCGUAGCGCAUCCGUAGAGACGUUAAAAUUUAUUCUAGAGGUAAGUUUAUUCCAUAAUGGAAUAGUUUUUGGAAAAAUCUUUAGAGAACUGACCGGAAGUGCGAAGUCGAAGUGGAUUCCUCUGUAAAGGAGAAAUAGUGAAGAAAUCAUUGACUUUUGCAACAUGUCCUCUAUAGUCGUCGAUUUCAACCAUUCAAUCUUUUUUCAUUAGAUGACCUGGUGUUAAACAUGCACAACAGUUGAUUUUUGACCACCCAACUAGCCGGUCUACAGUUGUGAAAAAAAAAUUGGAAACAGAGUUCAUGCCAAAAAAGGGCCUAUAACAUUAUCACUGCCAUAUCAUAAUGAUUUUUUUUAUUCUAGAGGAUCUUUCGUGGAUGUUCCACAAGCAGGCCAUCAAACGCAAGAAGAAAUUCGAAGAAAAGCAGCCUCUACACCCUAUAGAUGAUUUCUCUUUGUACACUGGAAUUACAUGGAAUAACGUACAUGAUCUUAGUGAUAAACGUGAAAGGACGGAAGAGUUUAUCGAAGCGGGUCAGAAAUAUGAGGCCGUCAAAAAAGUACACCAAGCUGGAAAGGAGUUUGAACCGCCGCAGGGAACUCGUAUCUGGUCGGAUCUUCGACUGAAAGAUCAUGAUAAAAUGGAGAUAGCGAAACUGCCCGAACAGCAAAUGGUCGAGAAGAAGAAAUUGGAUCAUGUGAAAAAAAAUCCACCGAAGGCUUUGUUGAAAAAACGACAAAAAGGAGGAGGUGAUCCGCCUUCCAAAGCUACCAACAGCGUCGCCAAAACUGAAAAGUCCAAAAUGGAAGAGAAGAAAAAGGAGGGUCCAAAGGCAGAAGAAAGGAAAAAAGAAGAUCCAAAAGCAGAAGAUAAGAAAAAGGAGAACACAAAAGCAGAAGCGCCGAAAAAAGACGACCGAAAGGCAGAAGAGAAGAAAAACGAGGACACAAAGGCAGAAGCGCCGAAAAAGGACGACGCGAAAAAAGAAGAGGCAGCCAAACAAGGAGAUGCGCCUAUUAAGUGCGUGAAAGUUGAAGAUAUCGUGAAGAGAGUUGUGAAAGAAGAUGAUCCGAAAAUGGUGUUCAUUAUGCCGCACGAGAACAUCCAGCUCGAGAAAUGUCAUCCGCUGUCUCUUUUGAGCCCAGUUCAAGCGAAGUACGACACGUUCAAGACCAAAUCGAAAGUUUUGCGUGGGUUUUUCUUUUUCCUUUCUUUGACAACAGUAAUUCACUCACAGAUCUAAAAUUUCUUGAGAUGCGUAUUAAUUGAGGAAGCGUUUGGAAGGAUGAGAUAUGGAAUUUUGUUUUCAGUUGGAAGUCAGGACAGAUUAUUCAAAAAUGAAUGGAUAAGACAGAGAUGGGCGGAAUAGGGGCGCCUGUUUGGGAACACUGUGGUACUGGAAAUUUUGUCAGUGCUUCUGCGUUCCGCAGAAAGAUCAAAAACGAUUCCAUUAAAAGUUAGGAUGUCUGAAAUUGCUCGUUUAAAUUGAAGCGUAGAAAAGUUUUUCGAGGUGAUCCGAAAAUCAAAAGACAGAUUCAACCUGAUGAGCAUCUUACCAGAAAAAAAGGUUCCACGAUAGGUCUCGUAGGUGUUGAAAACUUUGAGCGAAAAAUUAAAUGACGAAAACACGAAAACAGUUGAUAAUUUUUUUUUUCAAGCGAAGUUUUUGCUUUUUUUGAGCAGGUUAUCAUGCGCUUAGCUCAGCUCAAACUACGAUAGUGAAAAUUUGAUACAAUACCAUGGGACUAAAUCUUUUGGAAUAGUCUUUUUUUCUGAAAACUAUCUUAGUUGAUUCGAAAUCUGCGCCUGGAAAAAAAAAAACUCGUGGUACCUAAAAUGAUAAGAAGAAACUUUUCAGGAGAUACAUUCGCAGUUUUUUCGUUGGUGUUGGAAGAGCUACAUAUUUACUAUUGUAAUCACGCAAAAGGUAUAGAAAUGCUUUGAGACAACAAGUUAUUUUUGUUUCGAUUUCAGUUUGGGCGCUUGUUAACGCAAACGCCAACCAUGUGGAGAUCAGAAUGGUGGAACAUGCGAGAUACAACGCUGGCGCCUACGAUAAAAUGAAUUCAACUUGGCCCAUGAAUCCUGGAAGAAUAGAUCCGAAGAAUAAACAUACCGCAAGAAAUGUUCCCGCCUACCAAACUCCAUGUGAGUUUUCACUAACAAGUUUCAUAGUCAACUUUCUACUAGCUUGAAAUGUACUGGAAAAAAGUUUUAAAAAGAGCAGUUUUGGUUCCUUGAUGCUUAUACCAAACAUUUUGAUCAGGAAACUGUUAUAUUUGGAUAAAUGAAUCAAGAGUAAUUAAGUUCGUGUUUGAAACUGUACAUUGGGCCAAAAGCCGCGUCGCGACUGCAACAAGUUACUGCGGUAACCAUGCGUCCAUCUCCUAACAGUUUCACAAACUAUUUUGUGACACAAAAAGGUCAUGUCAAAACAUGGGAUGCUUUGAAUUUAAACUAUCAAACUUUCAGUUAAACUUCAAAACAAGAUUUUUUAAAUUUGGAAUGAAACACAUAAAAUUUUGGAUCACAGUAGAAGGAGGGAAACGUUGGAAAACAGCUCUUUGUUGCCGAACGAGUCGAGAAACUCUUUGCAACGGGCGCUAGACGUGUUAGGGUUGAGCCUUUCAAUUCUGAAGGGUAAUUUUCAGUGGCCUACGAUCAUCUCAAAAGGUUGCGCGCUUCUGCCACCGCCGAAGAGAAGCGGCUUCUGGAGCUGUUGGAGACCGAACACGCAGAGAUGGCGAGCCUCUUGCACGCCGAAGGCCUCAACUACUACUACUGGUUCAACAGUCCGUUUUUCCUCUUUCUUGACACUCUUCGACACAUUGCAGACUUGAGAAGAAAAAAAAAACAUAAAUUUCGUAUUUCGUAUAAACUCGCAAAAGAAAAAUAGUAAUAAUCUUUAUUAUUUUCCAGAGUACAUAAAUCUUAAACCAACCGUUCUGUCAGGAGAGACCCUCGGCGACGCUGUUAAGAGAACUUGGAGUAAGUUCUUUAUUUUGUUUUAUGAUUCCACUCUCUUACGUUUUUAGGGCGCAAACUCAAUUAGUUCCAAAUCUGAUCCUAUGAGAUAUUUUUCAGAUAAACCUGCGUGUCACAAGGAAAUCGAGGAACAAAUGGACUACCUUCGUGACUUGGCAAAUCCAAAGGGGAAGCUCCUGAAACAGAAAAAAGAACCUGCUUCGACCGCUCCGAAAACGCCAGAAGACAAGAACUCGAAGGACAAGAAGUCGAAGAACAAAAACUCGAAGGAAAAGAGUUCGAAAGAGAAGAAACCGAAAAAGGCCUAG